AUGGCAGAAGAAACUCGACAGAGUAAACUGGCCUUAGCCAAGAGAAAGUUAAAAGAAUAUUGGCAGAGAAACAGCCCUGGUGGUCCAGCAGGAGUGAAGAAGAACAGGAAAACAAAUGGCAAUAGCCCUGAGACAGCCACUUCUGGUGGUUGCCACUCACCUGAGGAUUCAGCCACAGGUAUCGACGGAGAGGGCCCUACGUCAUCUGCACCCCUCAAGGAUCUGGAGAACCCGUCCCAAGAACUAGCAGCUGCCCUGGACUCGAGGUCCGUCAAAAUCAGUCAACUGAAGAACACCAUCAAAUCUUUGAACAACGAGAACAAGAGCGCACUGCAGUCGGAGCAGCAAGUGGAGGAGCUACAGGAGACGCUGGGCGAGGUGAAGUAGAUUGUAACCCCCACCCCAUCCAAGAAGGGCUGGGAAGCAGGCACCAGCCUCUGGGGAGGGGAGGUGCCAGGCCAGAGGCAGCAAGCCUGGGGGCAGGUGACCCCAGCACCCUCCAGGGCAGUCUUAUGACCGUUUCUUUCUUCCUGCCUUCUGACUUUUAGAGGUGGGUAG